GUGGGAUUUUAAUUCUAAAUUUGACAAUAGUUCACAUUCAUAGAAGAUCAACUAGGUUAAAGAAAUUCAACUUUUAGAAGUUAGUGUAAUUUUACUGCACCUACAGGAAAUAAAAGUUAUUUCUUAUUUUGUACAGAUUUAUUUAAACAUGAGGAUGUAAUCAAUGUUUAUUAAAAACUAGUAUAAAUUUAUGAAACAUUUGAAAAUCAAAGUAUUUAUGGAAAGAGCUACUUUUUUCUCUCUCGGAUUUGAUUCUACCUCUCAUAUAUGAACAUUGAUGAAAAAGGUCCCAAAUAAGGAUGAAAAGUAUGCUAGAUAUAUUUUUAUCUUCACUAGUUUUCUAACUAAUUUCAAUCUAGGACGAAUUAUGUGUUAUAUAACAGACCAUUUAACUAAUGAAAAUGAUACAUGUAAAUCAAACUAUAUUUCUUUUUGAAACAUUUUUCAUAUCUUUCCACAAUAAAGACUUAGAUCAAAUACAUUAAAUAUCCGUUAAAGUAUAAGUGUAAAAACAGCUGAACCAUAUUUUGCGGUAAAAUAAUAUUGGACACUUUAGAAAAAAUCUUUGAUAAGCAUCAGUACAUCAGGUAUCUCGUUUUUUUUAAUGGCUGGUAGUUAAGCAUUUUAUUCAAUACAAUAGCAUAACAAAAAAAACCAGAACUAGAGUUUUGAAAAGUUGAAACCUUUUCUUAUGAGUUAAUUUUUACUUACAAACAUUAGUUUUAAUCAUUUAUGUACAAACAGAACUUUUUUUAGCGUAACAACUUGAAAUUGAAACAUUAUACAAGCGGCACAUUUCAUAAUUAAGUAAGAAUAAAGAAACAUUGAUUGCUACAUGGAAUUAUUACAUAGAACAUUUAUUCCAUACUCAUUCGCCAACAAUACCACAUUUAAAUCUGUCUAUCGAUUUUCAAAAUUAUGAUGUAUGUAGCUGACAGACUAUUUUGCUAGCCAGUGGAUUUUACAAAAAAUAUUUUAAAGCAGUAGAUAGAACUUUUUACAUUUCCUCAUCUCCCUUCUAAUUCUUUAUAAUACAAUAGAAAUUCAUUUCAGAAUUCAUAAAGUUCGAGAAAUUAUUAUUUUUAAAAUCUUCUACACAAAUAGACAAUAAAUCUAUUCAUGUUUCCGUUAUCUAUACAUAUUUGUUACAGUUUAUUUUACCUUAACAAAUAACUUUAGUUGCGUGACCAGAAAGAAUUAGUAUAAAUUCUUUAACCCCAGGAAAAUUUUAAAAAAAUCUUUUACAUCUAGCUAUGGAUAACUUUGAAAAGUCAAAGUUUAUUUAUUUGUAAAACAUAUAUUUAUGAUUACCUUGUAUUAUCAACAAUUUGUUACCUUGGAUGUUAUAUCAUCUACAAGUAAUCUGUAUAACAGUUUUAUGAUAAAACUGUUUUUAAAACAUUGUUGUAAUGAACAUUAAAGAACUAAUAUGUUUGAUGAUUUGGAUAAAAAUAUACAUAUUCACUUUGCUUUAUUUAUUAUUUGUUUUCUAGAUUUUUAUAUUUAAGAUGGAUGAAAUUUAAACCCCUUAGUAACUAUUGAUAAUUUGUAUUCAAAUUUAAAUUUAUUACAGUUAGGUUGGAAAAAUGUAGUUGUUAAUAAAAUUGUUAAUAUAUUUGUGAUAACCAAAUUAGUAGAAAAUUAGAUUUUUAGUGUUUUGUAACUUUGUUCAGCUGGCUUUUCAAGAAUAAAUUGUUAUUUACAAUCUAGUCAAUGUUCAAUUUAUUUGAAAUUACAAAGUCGAAUUCCAGUAAUGAUGUGAGAAAUAUAACUUUGACGACUUAAUCAUGUAAAUGUUUUCUGAAGCUUUUACAGUAUAUGUGAGAAGAUAUAAAGUAAUUGUAGUCUUCUUUUGCAAAAAGAUACUUGGUGUGCAAACAAUAAAAUUUAUACAAACAAUACAUCUGAAAUUCACUGCGUAUCUAAGUCAAAAGCAGAUAGUAAAAAUUCCAAAAUUUAGCUAAAAAUCCAAAAUUAAGAGAUAAUCAAAAAAUUGAUAACGCUUUUAAAGUUUAAGAAGUACUCGCCAGGACAAAAACACAAUUUUUAAUAAGUUUUGGCGUCAAAAACAGUUUAGAAAGUCAAUGUGUAAAAUAUAGCUUAGCUAUAAAUCGUUUAAAUAGAUACAAAUGAAAGAUUUUUCAUUUUUAGUUUCGCAUAGAACGCUCAUCAGACAGGAGUAUCUCGUUGUUCGUUGAACGCAAAUGUUGUCUACUAUAGUGAUUUGUGACACUUUUCUGUUUGACUGGUAUCACAAAAUUAUUUCGUUAUAAGCAUAAUUAAUGUCUCAUGUUCUCACAUCAACAUCAAUGACAAGUAAUACGAAUUAUGUUGCAUUUGUUGACACACUGUACCAUAUCAUCAAAACAAAUUCCUUAAUAUCUGAAUGCUAUUAAAAUGUAGGAAACAAUGCAUUAUCCAAUUACCAAAUUUCUAUUUAUUCCUCUGUUAAAUGUCCUAUCUGUUCUCUGAUUCAUAAUUACUUUGUACUUUACAAUUACAAUAUCUUUUUUUUAAUCAUUCAGUCAGUCAUUCCACAUAGUUUUAGAAUCACUGAUAAAAUUAUAAAACUACUGCUUGAUAUGUAUUAUUUUAUUAUUGUGAAUAAUACAUAUCUGGUUAGAGCCAUGAUGAAAAACUAAUUGAAAAGAACUAUUUCUAUAUUUCGUUCAUUUUAUUUUACCGAAUUCUGACCAAGUAUACAAUUUUAUACAAUAAAUGGAUAUCGACUAAGAAUAUCACCAUCUAUAUAAGACUAGAUAUGCAAAAAGUAUGGAGGAAAAUAUAUCUUUAAUUAGAAAAAUAUUUCUCAAACUCGGAUAUAAAGAUAGUUAUAUUUUAAAAAGCAUAUUAUAUCAAUAUAGACAAAACAAACUUGAACCAAAACGAUUCUUUUAACAUCAUAAGCUUUUCUAUGUCUACUGAGAAAAGAUAAACGUACAAGAAGCUAUAAACGUGUACAACGUAUUUUUAAAAAAAUAUUUAUUUCAGAAAGGGAUUUAUAUGGAUAUUAUAAUAAUUUUAAUAGUUGAGAUCAUGAAUCAAUUGAAGCUAGAUCACCAUAGAAAACAGAGAAUGUUUAGUCUAGAAACGAAAAUACCAUGAAGUCUGAAACAAUUGAUUGACAUUUUGCAAAUGAAUUAUUUACUGUAUGGUUAUCACAUUUCACUAAGAUAUUCUGUAGUUUUGUAUUCCAAUACUGUUCCUACUUAUGUUCUUAUUCACUACAUUAUGUUAAAAUUUAUAAAGUUUUAGUAAAAUUUUCAUCCAUAGCUCAUGCAGUGAUAACCUUUCAUCGUUCCGAUUCUUUGUUAAUACUUAUUUGUUAAAUAUUAUUUACAAAACAAUACAGUUUUAUCAUAUUCAUUAAGCAAAAAAAUAAGUAGUAUUUUUAUACGAACUGAUUAACUAUAUAAAUAUAGUGUUCAUUUAAACGGUUAAAAUUUUCUUCCAUUAAUGACUUUCAUGAGAAAUAAUGAGGUUUGUGUCAAUACUUAAUAAUAAUAAAUAAAUAAAUAAUCGUUUUGUUAUAUUCACAAUUGCUGAGUAAGAGUUUCUACAUUACUUCUUAAUAAACUUCUCAUUUUUCCUGAUUAUUACAAAACAUGAAAACCCUAUUUACUUUAAAUUAUUUAUUUUCAUUCAAUAAAACAAAACAACUAUUUAUUCAAAAAUACUUGAAUAUUUUCCUUACAAAUUCACAGUCUUGUAUACAAUUAUUUCGUUUUAUGUAAACAUUUCAUAAAGAUGUGAUAUCUUAAGAAUUGAGAGUAAAGAUUAAUCUAAAUAAUGAUUAACUCAGAUUGAAUACAUGCCAUGGAAAUAGUUUUUGCUAGAGUUUUAUUCUCUGAACUGGAUAGUUUGGUCGUAGAGAUUUCAUCGUUCUUCUGAAUGACAUCAUCAGUACAAACUUCAGGUAGAAGUGAAGUGUUCCAGAAAUUCGAUGAAAUACAGUGAAAGCUUCACGACCAAACUAUCCAGAUCAGAGAACAAAACUCUACUAAAAUCACCCACCUGAGAUAUAAAUCUUCACCAUCUUAAAAUUGAAAUAGUAAAAUGAAUUGGAAGAAUAGUUAAGUACAUUUCAUAUUGACUCACGAUCUAUAAAUAACUUCCAAAAUUUUAUUCUAGUGAUUAUUACCUAUAUAAAAAAAUUCAAUUAACCUAAGAAAAUGUUUUGUUAUUAGAAUUCAAGUAUGUUAUGAAAGAGUUGACCCCAAGCAAGUUAAGAUGCCUUAUACUGUUAAAACUAUUUCCAUACAAACUGAGUACUGCUACGACAAAUUUGUUUAUGGUAUUAAUAUCUUUCUAUAGUGGGUAAAACGUUUUUCUACAAAUUCUGUUUGACAUUGAAGUUAUUGUUAAUGCAUCAUCAUAGUUCAAUAGUGAAUCUCAAAUUGUUCGAUUGAUGUGGUUUUGACUCAUACAAGAAAACAAAAACUCCGAUGCUAGAAUGUCCAGAUGGUUAUGACUCUUUUUAUCCAUACGUUCAUGAUGAUAUUAUGAAAAUCAAAUAAUGUUUUCUUUUACUUACAUUUGUAAGUGUAGCGAGUUGGUCAGUGAAUUUACUUUCAUUAUUCACCUUCAGGUUCCCAAAUUAUUGAUUGAUUGUUACUUGUAUUAAUUUUUCCAUAGAUGAACUUAUUAAACAUUAAUAUUCGGAAUUGUUGAUUCUAUACCUCUGCAUGUUAGAUCAUAAGGCUGUGACCAAUUGGAUUCAAUCGUGUUAGAUGUGAGGCAGUUACCGAUUGAAGACAAUAGAAGAGGGACGCGUGACAUCAUGAAUUGAUUGAAGUUAGAAAUUAACACUGUUGGAUUCCGGUUCAGUGGUUUGAAGGUUAAGCGUUCUUGCGUGAUACGGAAAGUACUGGGUUAGAUUCCCGGGUGUGGAAUUGUGACGAAACGGUCAUCAGUGCUUACAGGUUUUCAAUAGUGGUCUAGCAUUGAUCAGUUCACGAUUUAGUGAAACUCAUGAAUCUCCACAACCCUAUCAAUUAAAUCACCCUAGUGAAAAUCGGCCACAUUACUUUUCAUAUUGAUUAUAAUUAGAUUUUGUGUUGAGUUCCACAAGUAAAUCUCCACUUUAGCAAUAAUAUCAAUAAGUGGUGUACGUUAUUCGCUAUUAUCAAAAAGCUCAAAUGCAUUCAGGCUCAAUGGUCAACUAGAGGCACAUUUUUCACAGAACUUACAAAUUUUGUCAAACAAUGCAUGAGGUAAAGCGACUAUUUAAAUUAAUUUAUAACUAAUACCACAAAAUGAAAUCUAUAAAUUAACUAUCAUUUGUAAAGCAUACAAAAGAUGGUAGUUUUAAUGAGUUAAACACAGUUAUUUGAGUACGAAUAUAUAUGAUUUUGAUCAUAAAUAAGCUCAUUCAAGCAACUACAAGUUUUCAGUCUGAUCUCUAUAAUAUAUUCAUAAUCUGUCAAUGAAACUGAAUAGAUUUGUUAAAUGCAUAAUGUUAAUCUUAUUAAAAAAGAGGGAACUGUAUGUAGUUUACUAACUAGUGGCUAAUACUUAUGCUCUUUUUUAAAUAACCUUUUAAAAUACAGUUUGAGUUUCCAACAUAAUUAAUUAAACCACAUUUUUAAAUGUCCAAAUAGAGAUCAUGCAUUUAAUAAACUUUUUGUUAUUUGAGUGACAGCUUAAGUCAUCAAUAAUUAUCUUUGGUAUAAUUUUCUCUUUUUAGCCAAUACUACAUUCAGUUAAGUUCACUCUGAGAUGUUUGGCAAAAUACAAAUUCUAAUAUUUUUGCUUUCAACAAUUAUGCUUUAUAGCAUGCAAACAACUAAUAAAAUUAAUGGAGAACCAAUGCGUCGAUGGUAUCCUUUAGGAGUUGAAGCCCCUAGAAAACCUUCAUUCAGUCAAGGUGAUAGUAUUUCUGAACUAGAAAUUCCUUAUAAUGGUGAUCAAUAUGAUUCAGAGGUUAUGAAACGAGCUGUUCGAUUAAUGAGACUUGGUUAAUCAACAACAACAAAAAAAAAAGAAAAAAUGUUGACAGAAUAAUAAUUCGAACUAAUUUAAAUGUUCAUUAAAUAAGAAUUUAUAUUACAUUUAUUCAUUACUUUUUUAUUAUUAAGUAAAUUGUUUUAUCAUAA